UGAUCGGUGACUUGUAUGUGUAUACAUGUGUGGGUGGUGUGCGAGCUUGACUGUGUGAAGCGUCUGAGGGACCCCGCGCAUGCGUAGGAGACAUUCGGGUGACAGACCUGCAGACAACUGACAGCUAGCACGGAGCAGAGCGCUAUAGAUCUACCUACUAGACUAUCUACUAAACCGCCUAUUUACCCAAGUUCAAGUACUAGGUAAGUGCUUCAAUGGUGUCAGAAGUGCUUGAGCUACGCCAGGACGGGUUAUAUUGAAUUUUUAAUUCAUAUUUCUCACUUUACAAAAGUCAGAAUUGUGUCGGUAGUGUUGCACGAUUUUUCGUGUGUACAUUCUGACAAACGGCGGGAAAGAUAAAACUUUCUAAGUUUUAUGUCCGUGAGAGUUCUGUAUACAAUUUAAAUUGAUUUUUAAUUGAUUUAUAUUGAAUGUUCAUGCAGAUUUACUUCCUUGUUAUAUGUUUUUUGUAAUAAAACAACUUUAGCGACCUUUAAUUUGUUGUUUACGGUCCAGUGUAAACAUUGACACUUCGUGGGAAUAAGCUAUAUUUCUACAAUGCCGUUUAAAAUAAAUUACGCUACGGAGGAGGAGAUGAUACAAUGCCUACCAAGGAUUGGAAUCAAAAGGGCGAGAAGGUUGGUGUACUUGAGGGAAACAGAGGGGGCAAUAACCUCUGAUACUUUAAGUAGAGUUCUGAAGGCAGACCCCAGUCAGGACCUUUUAAAUCUUAUAGAUUUUGAGGUAAGGCCAGCUACAUUACAGGUCCCCGGGGCGGGAUUUAUAGAUCGCUGGAAUCCCUUGGGCCCUACAUCUGUCCCUAUGUUACAACCGGAUGUUGGAACAGAAAUUUUGACCCCGGAAAAAAUCAACCAGAACAUAAUGAGGCCAGACAGCAGUAUGUUCUCAGAUUUGGUUAGGGGUGCGAGGCAGGGAAUGGAAACAGGGUCACCGGGUGCAAAAUGUAAACCCAAUGAGGAUAAGGGUUAUAGCUGGGAAAGGACGGGAUGGACGUUUGAUUCGAAACUACGACCUUCUCACACAGAAACAUCAAAAACAACAAGACUGUUUAACAAGGACUGUCUACUUAAGGAUUCCUCGUUGUCAUCGGGAGAGAGCAGUGUUGCAGAUUUGGAGAGGAGAUUAUCGAAUCUGCGUAUGUCAACUGACAAUAAUUUGAUUUUUAAUCAAACUAAGCAGGAGCCUCCAUCCAGGUCUGACAGGAGUCUCAAACAGGAGCCAUUCUCAGCAUCUUUAUUCAAGUCUGCUGAGGAAAUAAAAAAGCAACUGAUUGAGCAGCAUGCUCAACAAUUAGCAUUAAUUUCGCGGUUGGAGCAUGCAGCAUCUGGAUCUCUGUCUAGGACAACAAAGCGGUCUUAUAGAUCACUUAAGCAGGAGGAUGUCAACAAAGAAAAAGGACAUACUGAUUUAUCUGCUAGGCCUUCUAGGUCUAUUAAUAAGGGUAAGUCUGAUGUAAAACCUACACUGUCCAUUUCUAGGAUGUCCAUGGAAUCCGGUAUGCAGGGUCAGACAGAUCGGUGUUGUACAUCAGCAUCUGUCGACACCAGGUCCCCGUCUCACACAAGGUCACUGAAGGGUCAUAGAGGUGACCGAUACUCUAGACACCGUCGCCAGUCACCUAGGACUACAACCUCGCAUGGUAAGUCUGACAUCCAGGAUUCGCGUACGCGUAAAGGUUCCAGAGACUCUAGGUCUUCUCGAUCAGAGUUCAAGGUCACGCGCGCGAAAGGGUCAAGGUCGGACAAACACCAAAGGUCGCGAUCGAGUUCAUCAAGCUCGUCCUCGCCAGAGGGGAGGUACUUAUCUGACAAACGUCAGCAUAAGAAAAACAAAUCCUCUAAAUCGCGAUAUCACAAAAGUAAGCGCGAGGGAAAAAAGUCAAAAUUAUACUUUAGUUCUUCGAAUGAUUCCUCUAACAGCAGUUCUGAGGAAGGAAGUCUGGAGCGGUUUUCUAAAUCGCGAAGGGGUAACCCUACAAAGUUACCCAAAAACCUAAAGUAUGAUGGGAAAACAAACUGGCUGUCCUUCAAACAGAAGUUUGAGAGCUUCAGGUCUGUUCUACGGUGGUCAGAUACUGAGAGCAGAGAUUAUCUUAUCUGGAGCCUCGAUGGUAAAGCCUUGGACUUCAUAACCACCAGUAUGGGUACUGCCGGCUCAUAUAGAAGUAUAAUGAAGAGGCUAGAAGGACGAUUUGGUGCGAAGGAGCUGAAGGAAACCUCUAAAGCUAAGUUUCAGCAAGCCCAACAGAAGCAGGAUGAAUCACUGGAAGACUGGGCUGAUAGAGUGAUGACUUUGGCUACACCAGCAUUUAGAGAUUUGCCAGACAAGUAUGCUCAUCGGGAGGCAAUCUCGAAAUUUUGUCAGGGUUGUGUGGACAAAGAGGCAGGGAAGCACGCUUGUUUUGCUAACCCUGGAACCAUGGAGGCGGCCCUGGACAAAGUAAAACAGCACCAAUACAUCACUCAGGCUGUGGACGGCAAGUCUAAAAAGAAGGCAAAAGAUGAAGUUACCAUCAAUGCCGUGGAGUCCCUGUCGCAGGCCAAGGUAGAAACAAUGAUAGAGAAGGCUCUAAGUCGUUUCACCGACAAAUUCACCAAGGCUAAGGAGGAUAAGAAGGAGAAGACAACAAAAUCAUCUUCUAACAGCGCCUGUUUCUUUUGUAAGAAAACUGGUCAUUUCAAGAAAGAUUGCGAAAAAUAUAAGAAAUGGCUGCAAAAGAAAAAGGAUGGGGAUACAGAUAACUCCACACCCGAUUUAAACACCAAAGGUUCAGGUGUGUAGGCCAAACCCCUGAGCCAGGACAAGAUGGCCGUCCAAAAGGAACAGAGUCUUCUAGACUCUCUCAGCCAGAAAAACCUGCUGUUGUGGCGUUGCACGCACUUCAGGCUACGGAGGUUUGUGGGACUUUUAGUCCCAAUUCAAGUACUGGGACACCUCGUCCCACUAAGGAUUAUGGGACAACCCGUCUCAUUAAGGAUAAUGGGACUUUUAGUUCCAAUUCAAGUAUUGGGACACUAGGUCCCACUAGGGAUUAUGGGACACCCCGUCCUA